AUGCGAGUGCUUGCUUGCUUCGUCGCCGUCUUUGCGGAACAGGACUUGCAGGGCCGACAGAAAGCGUUUGCGAGCCGUGGUUACUACGGUGGGAUCGCGCCCCCGAUGUUUGAGCCUGCGUUGCCUGGGCGGGCGUUUGAGACUGCGGUUUACGAAGGACCUUAUUACGACCAGCCGGCGGCGGUGUUGUACGAAGACAAAGUGGUGGAACAGGUGAUUCAGCAGCCGGUACAGAUCUGUCCGCGCCAGGAGUACGUGUUGGUAGGAGAUGAGUGUUGUCGGGAGUUGCGCGUUGACUGUCGCAUAGACUGCCCGGCGAGCUUCCGCUAUGACGGCUUCAAGUGCUUCCAGUUCUACGAACCCACUAUUUACUGCCCUGUCGGCCACCUCAUGGGUUCCCACUGCCACCACGUGGAGUACGUCGAAGCGCGUUACGAAUGUCCGCUGGACACCAUUGUGGACGUUGACGGCAGCUGCUUCGCCAUAGAGCAGCUACCACCGGUUGAAAUCUGUCCCGGUUCCACUAUCCGAAGCAAGAACGGCUGUCUGGCGGUGGAGUACAGCGAGCCCGCCUUGGUCUGCCCUCCCGACACUGUCCCUGAUGGGAAGCGGUGUCGGCGCGAAAUAAUUAACUGGAAGAUGAAGAAGGGUCGCCGUCUUUCGGAAGAGGGGGAAGACGAAGAGUUGGAAGCCAUGGGUAAGAGGAAUGCAUUCGGAUAUGAGGAACUUUCCUUCGGUGACCUGUACGCCGAUAUUUCGAUCGCGGGUCCGGUGAACGAGUGCCUCUAUGGAGACUGUCUUGGUGAAUGGUUACCCGCAACUCCUGAAGUGAAAAUCAAGACCAAGAAAGUGAAGCAGCCGAUUGUGAGUGAGCAGAUGAAAUGGGAGAAGGUUAAGGUACCUGUGACUACGGCUAAGGUGAAGGACGUUAAGGUCAAGGUUCCUGACGUGAAAGUCAAGCCCAUCAAAGAGAAGCCUGCCAAGACUCCACACGAAGUCGUCAAAGUCGUUACUCAAGCUGCCGAAAAGGUCUGCCCCUUCGGUCAGAAACACGGUAGCACUUGUGUUGCCGAAACGAUCGUGCCUCCUGUCCUCGAAUGCCCUCUGCCUGGCCUUGGACCCAAUUGUUCACGCAAGAUCCCCGUACCUUCCGUCCCCGUCUGCGCUUCGGGUGACUUGAUGUGCGAUGCAGUCUCCUGCCGCUGCGCCACCUACCAGGAGCUGUUGCCCGAAACCGCCUGUGCCGGCGGCCACCGUCUCCUCGACGGCCACUGUAUCAUCGAAGUCGCCGCCGAAACACUCUGCCCAAUCGGUUUCUUCCUGGACUCCGACGGCACCUGUGUCCGAGCCGACUGUGAACCCGCACUCAGCAUCGUCGCUGUACCCAACCCCACCAAAGCGGUCGUCCAACCCAUCUUCCCUCAACCCGUCACCCAGCCACCUCCCAUGGUCGCGCCCAUGCCCAUGUACGGCCGACCCAUGAUGAAAAAGGGCAAGAAACUCAUGGACGACAGCGACGAAUACUAUUACGAAUAG